AGGGGGGCCGGGAGCGGCAGAGGCAGUGGCAGCAGCUUAUUAUAAAAACCCAGAGCUCAGGCAGAGGCAGUGGCGAGGGGACAGCACUGAGCUCUCACGCUGGCCCCGGCCGCCUGCCCUGGCCUUACCUGGAUCCCCGCCUGGUCCCCACCUGGUCCCCGCCUGGACCCCGUCUGGUCCCCGCCUGGACCCCCGCUCACCCUCAGCCAUGGCUCUUCCACCUUUCUCCUGGCUGCUCCGCUUGGCUGCCGUCUGCCAUCUGACCAUGCUGCUGGCUGGACAGCACCACGGUGUGAAGAAAUGCAACAUCACAUGCAACAACAUGACCUCGAAGAUCCCCUUGGAUCGUCUAUUCGCCUACCGACGAAAUCAACCGUCUUGCGGCAAACCCGCCAUCAUCUUGGAGACCGUGAAGCACAAACUUUUAUGUGCCGAUCCCAAAGCAGAAUGGGUCCAGGAAGCCAUGGAGCACCUAGACCGCCAGGCUGCUCGGAUUCAAAAUGGCAGCACAUUUCAGAAGCAGCUCGGCAGCAUGCCUGAGCCCAGGAGCACCCUGGCUGCCAGGGGAACGGACAGGUCUGCGGUCUCAGAGCCCAAAGCCACCGGGGAAAGCAGUAGCCAGGAGGUGCACGGGACCUUGGGGACUUCCCCAGAGCUGCCAACAGGAGUGGCUGGUUCCUGGGGGCCCAGGUCCCCCACCGUUUCGAAGGCUCCAGAUGGAGGGCCUCCAGCUGGACCAGAGAGAACCGAGCUUCACGACUCAGCUGCCGUCACCAGCGCCACGUCUUGGCAGAGUUCUGCUGCCUACCAACCUGGAUCGGACCUCCAGGCUGAGGGGAAGGCCUCUGAGAACCCCUCCACCCAGGCCCCCUCCACCCAGGCCCCCUCCACCCAGACCCUCCCCACCCAGACCCUCCCCACCCAGACCCCCUCCACCCAGGCCCCCACCAUUUCCCACACAGCCCCAGAGGACAAUAUUGGGCCUGCGUGGACCAAGGGGCAGAAUCCCAUGCCAGAGAACUCUAUAGGGCCCAGGGAGAUGGGUCCCAUUUCAGCCCACACGCAUGCGCUCAGGGAGCCCAGCAGCAAGCCCCAUGUCUCUGUGGUCCCUUUCUCCUCUGAAGGGGCCCCCAGCAGGGAGUCAGUGGCCACAGGCAGCCCAUUCUCCAAGGAGACAAUCCAUGCCACCAUGGACUCCCAGAGUCUGGGUGUCAUCUCCACCCCCGUCCCUGACUCCCCGGCGGCCACCCGGAGGCAGGCAGUGGGUCUGCUGGCCUUCCUCGGCCUCCUCUUCUGCUUGGGAAUGGUCAUGUUUGCCUACCAGAGCCUGCAGGGCUGUCCCCGCAAGAUGGCAGGGGACAUGGUGGAGGGGCUUCGCUAUGUCCCCCGGAGCUGUGGCAGUAACUCGUAUGUCCUGGUGCCAGUGUGAGCUCCCCACCCGCCUGUUUCCAAAUGUUCCACUCAACAGCCGCCAGGGGUCCCCCAAUCCUCACUCCCACCAUCCCUCAAGGGCCUGGCCUGAGCAGGGGAUGGUCAAAGCAGGGAGGCAGAACCCUCCAGGUAAGACUGACCCCAGCUCCUAGGCAUACCCCACGAUCACCCUCGACCUACUGGAGACAGGGUGUGUGACCUCCACAAUUCACUCCGAUGUCUCCGAGUCAGAACUAACUCUCUGCUGCUGCUGGCUGGUUAGAGGUUCCCUUUGAUACCGUCCUCGCCCCAACGAACAAUUAUUUAUUGAAUGCCCAGCCCCUCUGGCCCACGCGUGCGUGCGUGCGUGCGUGCGUUCCUCCAUCAUCCCAUCUGACAAAGGAGCCUCAGGCCAGGCCCUUUGCCCCACGCCCUCUGACCUCAUCAUGUCUCUUGGCCCCCUGCAGUCGCCAGUCACCCCGGCUCCCUGCGGUGCUAUCUCCCCUGUCCCCUGUAUAGAGCCCACGCCCCAGCCGGGGACCUGUCCUUUUUUGCAUGAGGCUAGUGUGGUGUUUCCUGGCACUGCUUCCUGGUGAAGACUGUGCCCUCAGUCAGGGGUCAUGGGAAGGGGAGAUGACGUUACCCAGUGGCUUUGACUAGCCCCCCGUCCCCCUCUGUCCGUGCUGUGCAGAGAAAGAACAUAGACUCUGAACGCGAAGGCUGGGGUUCUAGUCCCGGGCCCACCACCGACUCGACAAGGCAUUCGUACCUCUGGUUUCCCAUCGGUGAAAGGAAAGAGGAUCGCCCAAUAUGUGGCAAUAACCUGUACUCCUGACGGGCAUCACCAGUUGGUCCAGAGACCCCUGAGCCAGUCUCUGAUAACUGAUGACCAUGGCACAUCUGUGGGCUCUGCGACCUGGGGGGCCUGCCGGGGGCGGGGGGCGCGAUCUGACAGUGCGGCUCUGCCCUGUUGGAGGGAGUUAGCACUGUGGGCCCCCGCAGUGGCGGCCAGGCUGGGGUACCUCCGGGGCAGAGGCUAAUGUUGAAGGCCUCUCUCCAACUUUGAGGACAGCCCUUCUUUGUGUCCACCUGGCUUACAGGGCCACUGAGACAGCCUGGGUGGCAUGUGACAGGCCGAAGGAGGAGGGGAAGCUUGUAGGCUCCCCGGAAGGCCAAGACACACAGAAGGAGCCAAGGAGAGGCUGCAGGAAGCAGUCACCCUCUGCGUCAGGGACUUAAGUCCAGCAUUUGCUCUUUCUUUCCUGUGGCCCGGGUACCUUGUCCGCUUCUCUUCGCUACAAGAUCUCCUCCCUUCACCUUCGCCCCCACUGCAGGCAGGGCCAGGUGAGAUCAGACUCCACCACGGAAACCUGAAGUCCCCAGGUGUAUUUCUGAAAGGUACUCUGUCCUGCGAGGAAGGUCUCACGGCAGAAGGAAAGCUGUGGGCAUGGAGUCGGGGGUUCCCUUUGGCUCCUGAGGACUCAGGCAGGCCUGGGCGGGCCGCAGGCUGACCAGGCUGACCAGUGCCCGAUGGUCAGAGCUAGACCUGCAGGCCUCACCGCUCAGGGCUCCUGGUGGUAGCUCCCCACCUCCCUCUGAUGGCCCCCAAGGUGACCCUUGCCCUCACGUCUGAAAAGCUGCCCAUGGGCUGGGUUUCCUUCAGGUACAGGUGACAUAUUCCUUCACAGAGGGCUACUCAGAGGAAGCAAACACAGCCCUGGUCCACAGGGGGAAGACUGGGUCCUCUGCGUCCCCCACUGGGCAUGAUCCCUGCUGUUCGCCUGGCUUGAGCAGGGGACACACUGACAGCUCAGAGAAGGAGACAGCAAGUCUGAAUGCACUUUUUGGGGCUCUUCCCUGCAGAGAGCCUUCAAGGAAUGGGGUACCCAUGAUGGGGGUCCCUUCCUUUGUAAGGAAGCAGCUGGGGAAGCUGGUCCCCUUUCCACAAACUUUGUUAGUUCCCCCAAACAGGACACGGACAAGGACAGUUUGGGAAGGACUUUAGAAGGAGUUGAUUGAUCCUUUUGCUUUUCCAUCCCUAUCACCAAUGUCUGUGCCAUUUUGUAUUUUACUAAUAAAAUUGAAAAGUCUUGUGAAUCAAAUAAAGGUGCUUUUUCUAGGGCAGGCUUAAAGUGUUAGGAGGGAUGGGACGAGGGAGGGGACGGG